AUCCCGAUUUCCGUGUCAAAUUCAAAACAUUAAAAUCUCGUGGAGGUAGCAAAACAUAACCUAUUCAUUGUAAUGUUUCUAUUAUAAUUUAAAUAUUAUAGAACUUUAAAGUAAAUCAAAAUGAAAAAGAAAAAGGCAGCGCCGCGUCCUAAAUUUGAAAACACUCGAAAAGCGCUCCGAAAGCAUAAAAGACAAGAAAAAAAGGUACACCGCAAAGAACACUAUUUGAAAAAGAAAACAUUGUCAGAACAGCCUCACUAUACACCUGGAAAGUUUGUAAAAAGGCCAGCUGAUGCUCAAGAACCUAAUACAGAGUUAAAGAAGAAAAAAUCUAAACUUGAAACACCAUUAGACAUAGUAACCAAAGAAAGAGAAAAAGAAAGAAAUGCGGCUGAACGACUCAAGCAAGAAAUGGAAGAACAGAGAAGGAAGAUCUUUCUGCAAGCCAAUGAAGAAGAAGACAAAGUUAUCAAGAAACUAGAGAAGCAACUCGGUUUAAACAAGGCUAAGAAUAAGAAUAAUUACUUUGCUGAUGAUGGACUGGACUAUCUAUUAGAAAUCUGUGACAGAUCAACCACGGAACAAAUUGUAGCAGCAGAAAAACAUUUAGCCAAUGUGGAAGCAGAUUCAGACUUUGAAGAAGACCUGGCUGUAGUGACUGGUAAAGAAAUUGAAAAGAGCAAAAAGAAAGAUAAGAAACAGAAAGGAAAAGAAUCACAUGAUAGCUUAAGUGAGGAAAGUAAUUUGGAAAGUGAAGGUGAUUAUGGAGAAUUUGAUGAUAGUGAUGAUGAUGGUGAUGAAGUUGGAAGUGAUGAAGAUGAUUAUAGUGAUGAGGAUAGCGAGGAUACAAAUGAUGAGCCUGAAGAAAAACCAACAAAAUCCCAAAAGAGUAAAGCUAAAACUAAUAAAGAAUCUAUGAAAGAAAACAAAAAAACUGAGAUGAAACCUAACACUAAAGGCAAGGAGAAGAUAAUAUCUGAAGAUGAUUUAAGCAAAGUUUUCAGUGAUGAUGAAGUGUCUCAUUUAUCUGGGGAUGAUGAUUUGGAAGGAUUCUCUGGUGAUGAGGAAGUUGGUGAUGAUCAAGAGGUUAAAGAGGAAAAAGAAAAACCUGAUGUCUGGGAAGAUAUUUAUGGACGAAAGAGGGACAAAGAAGGAAAUAUUAUUAAGGAAGAAAAGGGCACAUACGUACCUCCUCAUUUGAGGAACAAAGACUCGACAUCUGACAAGGACCUUGUACAAUUAAAACGACAGAUCAAAAGUGUCCUAAACAAGCUAGCUGGUACAAAUCUGCACUGGGCCUGUACAUCCAUAGAGAACCUGUACUCUUCAAACAGCAGAAACUCGGUGAACACGGCGCUGACGCAGCUGUGGCUGGACGCGACGGUGUCGCCCGCCGCCACGCCGGACCGCAUGGUGGCAGAACAUGCGGCACUAGUGGCGGUUAUGCACGCUAAUGUUGGCUCCGAGAUUGGUGCCCAUUUCCUUCAAGAGCUAACGACUCGUUUCGACAACAUGAUUUACAAGAAGCAACCGGUGGAGGAUAAGCAGUUAGACAACCUGGUCUCCUGUUUGGCGCAUUUGUACAGUUUUAAGAUCUACCAAGCAGCACUACUAUACGACAUUCUGAACCGAUUACUCGAUGAUCUCUCGGAGAAGAACAUAGGUUGUGUUCUCGUGGCUUUACGAGUAGUUGGAGGAGUGUUGAGGAAGGAAGAACCGUUGGCGCUGAAGAACUUCAUACACGACACUCAGAGCAGGCUCGCUAAGAUCAAAGACGAGGCGGCUAGUGGGUCCCGCAUAAAGUACCUAUUAGAAGUGUUAAUGGCGGUUAAAAACAACAAUCUAACGAAAAUACCGAACUACGAUCCCACCUACAUGGAGCAUUUGAAGAAGAUGAUCAAAGGGGUCAUCAGGAAGGGAAAUUAUGUCACCCCACUUAAUAUAAGGCUCGAAGAUCUUUUGAAAGCUGAUGAGAGAGGUAAGUGGUGGGUGGUGGGGUCAGCGUGGGAGGGGAACCACGCGCGCCAAGAGGAGAAACCGACUGUCAAACUGCCACCAACCAACGACCAGAAGCUGCUAGAGCUUGCUAGAAAACAGAGAAUGAAUACAGACGUCAGGCGGAGUAUAUUCUGUGUUAUAAUGUCGGCUGAGGAUUACAUGGACGCGUUUGAAAAGCUCCAGCAUUUAGGUCUGAAAGGGCAACAGGAGCGUGAGAUAGUGCACGUGUUGUUAGCGUGCUGUCUACAGGAGAAGACCUACAAUCCUUACUACGCGGUGCUCGGACAGAAACUGUGCGAUUUCGACAGGAAAUAUCAGCUCUCAAUACAGUAUUCAACGUGGGAUAAAAUAAAGGACUUAGAGAAUUUAUCGAAACAGAGUAUGACGAACUUGGCACAAUUUUUAAUACAUCUAAUCAUUGGGAAGGGGCUGCCGCUUUCUGUUUUAAAGGUGAUCCAAUUCUCGGACUUAAACAAGCACACGGUCCGCUUCAUGCGACAAAUAUUGCUAGCAAUCAUAAUGAAUGAAGACCUCCAGGCCUGUCUCGAGGUGUUCCACAGGGUCUCGAAGCCCCCCAAACUGCACAUGUUUAGGGAAAGCAUUAGGCUGUUCAUACAACACUUCUUGGUGAAGAAUGCUGGCAAGAAGACCAGUGUGUUGACUGAUGAUGAAAUGACCACCCUGAAGGAGCGGGCUAUGGAAGUAGAUAAGAUUUUGACUCUGCAUGAGUCUAAGUUGAAGUUUUGAAUAUAUUUUUGUAUAUAA